AUUUCACUCACUAUCUGUACGCAAACAACAUGCUUCGAUAUAUCGAAGGCUAUGUUCAGAAGGUGAAUCCCGGGAAUGCUCCAUUGGUAGUGGGGCAAUUACUUGAUGAUGAAUGCCCUGAAGAUUUUAUCAAGGGUUUGAUCCUCUCUGUUCGUUCUCUCCUCCCUGUUGAGCCUUUGGUUGAUGAAUGUGAGAAGAGGUUUGUUUUUCAUAUCCUCCCAGUUUACUUAUUCACAUGAGUGAAGGUAGCCAAGAUGUGCAUGUCCAUAAUGCUCUUGGUAAAAUCAUCAUUGACAGCAACAACAAUCCUGAGCAUUUCCUUACUACCAACCCAUUUUACGACUCUCGUGUUGUGGGUAAAUAUUGUGAAAAGCGGGAUCCUACACUUGCUGUUGUUGCUUACAGACGUGGGCAGUGUGACUAUGAACUUAUUAACGUCACUAACAAGAAUUCGUUAUUCAAGCUGCAAGCUAGGUAUGUGGUUGAGAGAAUGGAUGGUGAUCUAUGGGAUAAAGUUCUUCAGCCCGAGAAUGAAUAUAGAAGGCAACUCAUUGACCAAGUGGUUUCGACUGCAUUACCUGAGAGCAAGAGCCCCGAGCAAGUGUCUGCUGCUGUUAAGGCUUUCAUGACUGCUGACCUGCCACAUGAACUGAUUGAGCUUCUUGAAAAGAUUGUUCUUCAGAAUUCUGCUUUCAAUGGAAAUUUCAAUCUGCAGAACCUGCUCAUCUCGACUGCUAUCAAAGCAGAUCCAUCUAGAGUCAUGGACUAUGUCAACAGACUUGAUAACUUCGAUGGGCCUGCUGUUGGAGAAGUUGCUAUUGAAGCACAACUGUAUGAGGAGGCUUUCGCUAUAUUCAAGAAGUUCAACUUAAAUGUGCAGGCUGUCGAUGUUCUCUUGAACAACAUCCGGAGCAUAGAAAGAGCUGAGGAAUUUGCUUUCCGUGUUGAAGAAGAUGUUGUUUGGAGCCAGGUUGCCAAAGCCCAGUUACGUGAAGGUCUGGUCAGUGAAGCAAUUGAGUCCUUCAUUCGUGCAGAUGAUGCUGCACACUUCCUUGAUGUUAUCCGUGCAGCCGAGGAAGCUAAUGUGUACAAUGAUUUAGUGAAGUAUCUUCUGAUGGUAAGGCAAAAGGCACGGGAACCCAAAGUCGAUGGAGAACUCAUUUUUGCAUAUGCUAAGAUUGACAGGCUCAGUGAUAUUGAGGAAUUCAUUCUUAUGCCAAAUGUUGCCAACCUUCAAAAUGUUGGUGACUGUCUGUAUGACGAAGAACUAUAUGAAGCUGCAAAAAUCAUCUAUGCUUUCAUCUCAAACUAGGCUAAAUUGGCUGUUACCCUGGUUAAGCUGAAGCAGUU